GCGAGAGGAGGUGACAGCUGGGGACAUCACUGAGAAGGGGCCUGAGCAUCGCUGCGGCUCCUAGCCAAUAAGAGUUCCGUGCUGGCCUUCUUGGGUUUCCAAAAGGGCCUCCAUUCAUUCGGCUCCUGAGCUGCACCACAAACCUAGUGCCCUCUUCCAGCACGGUCCACCGUGAUGCCUCUAAUUUGACCACAGUCAGCGUCUUCUAAAAGGCUCGCUUCUCUGAAUUCCCUACUUCAGGCAGGAAUCCCGGACCAGCAGGAGCCACUGCCUUGCCCCCAGGAGAUCUAAGACAUGGCACCCAAGAAGGCCAAGAGAAGGGCAGCAGCAGAAGGGAGCUCCAAUGUCUUCUCCAUGUUUGACCAGACUCAGAUCCAGGAGUUCAAGGAGGCUUUUACUGUAAUUGACCAGAACCGAGAUGGCAUUAUUGACAAGGAGGAUCUCCGGGACACCUUUGCAGCCAUGGGCCGUCUCAAUGUGAAGAAUGAGGAACUCGACGCCAUGAUGAAGGAAGCCAGUGGGCCCAUCAACUUCACCGUCUUCCUGACCAUGUUUGGGGAGAAGCUGAAGGGUGCAGACCCUGAGGAUGUGAUCACCGGAGCCUUCAAGGUCCUGGACCCAGAGGGCAAGGGCACCAUCAAGAAGCAGUUCCUGGAGGAGUUGCUCACCACACAGUGUGACAGAUUUUCCCAGGAGGAGAUCAAGAACAUGUGGGCAGCCUUCCCUCCAGAUGUGGGCGGCAACGUAGACUACAAGAACAUCUGCUAUGUCAUCACACACGGUGACGCUAAGGACCAGGAAUAGGGGACCCAAGGUCUCAGAGGACCUAGAUAGGCAUCUAGCCUCCCCAACUCCCACCCGACCCCCAAUAAAACUCAACUGGUCUUUGUUUCUUA